CACACCCUUAUCUCUCUCUCUCACCAGAAACACACAGACACACACACACACAACGACAAUGGCAAUUUCUUGCAGUAAACCAAUCUCCUUACACACUAUAACAGAAGCAGCUUUGGUUUUACCCGAAGCAAUCAUUGGCCCCAAAGGUCUGAGCAAAAGAAUUCUCGAGAAAGGAAUUUCAUGGCAAACUCCAACCCCCGGUGAUGAAGUUGAAGUUCAUUACAGUGUGAGCCUGCAAGGAGCGGAAUAUUUCGAUUCGAGUCGAGAUAAAGGAACUCCUUUCAGAUUCAAAUUAGGACAGGGUGAAGUUAUAAAAGGAUGGGACGAAGGCAUUGCUACUAUGAGAAAAAACGAAAGAGCAAUUUUCACAAUUCCACCAGAAUUGGGAUAUGGUGAAAUCGGCUCACCUCCUUUAGUUCCUCCAAACUCGACUCUCGUUUUCGACGUACAGCUGAUUUCUUGGUACCCCAUUAGAGAUAUUAGUGGAGAUGGUGGAAUAAUUAAGAAGAUAAUUAGCGAAGGGAAGGGGUGGGCUACUCCCAAUGAAUCAGACGAAGUCUUCGUAAAUUAUGUUGCUGAAUGUGAGAAUGGAGUUGUGAUCUCUAAAUCUGAUGAAGAAGGUUUGGAAUUUUCUUUGAUAAGUGGGCAUCUCUGUCCUGCUAUGAGCAAAGCUGUGAAAACAAUGAGGAAGGGAGAGAAAGCAGAGCUGUCUGUGAAAUUCUCCUAUGGUCUGAUAUAUUGUGAAGAUGAGACUUCAAAAAUUGAUGAUCUUGUUCCAACCUGUCCGAAUCUUAUCAUUCAUCUCGAACUAGUAAAUUGGAGAACCGUAGUAGAUAUCACCGGAGAUAAAAAUAUCUUAAAGAAAAUAACGAAAAACGGAGAAGCGUUCGAUCACCCUAACGAAGGAUCCCUCGUGAAAGUGGUUUACAUCGGUAAGCUUGAAGAUGGUACGGUUUUAGAAAGGCGAGGAUCCGAUGAAGAGCCCUUUGAAUAUAUAUGUGCAGAAGAAAAAAUCCAUGGGGGAUUGGAUAGAGCAGUAAUGACUAUGAAGAAAGGAGAAGAAGCCAUAGUGAAAAUCAGCGCCGAUUUCUUGAAUUUUGCAGCUCCAAUGGUGUAUGAAAUCAAAUUGAUCGACUUCGAGACGAAAAAGCCCUUUUGGAAGAUGGAUCCACAAGAAAGAAUAAGUGAAUGUGAAACCAACAAGAAUGAUGGGAAUAUACUUUUCAAAGACGGAAAGUUUGAGCUUGCGUCGAACAAGUAUGACAAGGCUGCAAAAUACGUCGAAUACAACCAUUCUUUCAGCGACGAACAAAAAAACCAAGCGAAUUCUUUGAGACUAUCGUGUUACUUGAACGAAGCUGCUUGCAAAUUAAAAAUCGGAGAAUAUAAAGAGGUCACGAAACUAUGCACUAAGGUACUAGAACUUGAUCCGUACAACGUUAAAGCACUGUUUAGAAGAUCACAAGCGUACAUGGGAACAUCGGAUUUAGAGAAAGCUGAGGAAGAUAUUAAGCGGGCUCUAUCCAUUGAUCCAAACAACAGAGAUGUGAAGAUCAAACAUAAGGAGUUGAAAGAUCAACGGAGGGAGUACACCAAACACGAAGCUAAAAUUUUCAGCACGAUGAUUUCAAGAAUAAGUUAAGCGGGGCCGACCAAGCCUUAUUUUCUUGUCCAAACAUUUCGUGUUUGUACCAAGUUGUAUUUACGUGUUUGUACCAAGUUGUAUUUACGUGUUUUCCCUAAUCGUGAUAAAGAGGUGUACAAUUUUCUGAGCAUGCUUACGUGCAAUCAAAUAUCGAUCAUAUAAAAGCUUCACGUAAAUUAUCACAG